CAUCAAAAAUCAAAGUCUGUGACCUAACCAAUUGAUUUGGAAGUGUAACUGACAGAACUUUGUUGGAAUGCAAUGUUUUAACCUGUGUCUUUUUUAUUUUGGCAUUCUUGCCUGUUUCCCUCAAACCCGGUCAAAUACCAUCCUUUUGAGUAAGGCAUGCAGGUGACAUACCACAGGGUUAAGUGUUUACCUUCGCGAGCUUAUGAGCCUUAUAGGCUUAGACCACACAGGAAGAUGAUUUGUCUUGAAGCCCACCCAACCAUCCCUACUACACAACCUCCUCCAUCUCUCCCUCUAUUUUCUUCAGUUGAUAGGUUCUUGAAUUCAAUCAAUGCAAGGAACAUGUUUUUGGAGUUACCAUAUAAUGUCAUUAAAUUCCUAAUGUGAUUAUCUUGUAUGCCGACUUAUAUCGACUUCACAUGGAUUGGUGUGCAGAAGCCCUGUGCGUAAAACCUCUUGAACUAUGUGUCUAGGCUUGUUAAGUAGACAUAUGCAGACCAUUAAAUACGUCUUUAAAGUGAUGGUGAUUAUUUGUCAACAUUCUAAACCAGUUACUUCCCACUGAAUAAAGGAGUCAAACUGAAGUUGUCCGGGGUCUUUACGUCUCAUGUUCAACUGCGCCAUCACGCGGCCAUAUGCCCUCCCUGCAGCGCUCUUGCAAGUAGCUCGCGACGCGGCACAGGAAUCUCUUUCAAUUAAUAAGGUUUGCUCUCCGCACACCAGACUAGAGUAGCGGACAGAGCCGACCUUGCCCGGGACAGACACACAACUUCACAACGGCAGAACAGAACAGAAACAUUUAAAGGAUUAGAUAAUUUAUAUUUGAGAAUCAGCAACUCGUCAUCAUGUCGGCUACCGAGACACAGUCGCCUUUUCUGUCCCCCUUCAAAACGUGCUUUCUUAUACUUUUGGGGGGGUUGUUGUCCAAUGCUGUGCAAGACCAAGGAAGUUUGUACAUGUGGAUUGAUGCCAACCAAGCCCGGAUCCUAAUUGGUUUUGAGGAGGAUAUCUUGAUCGUGUCAGAGGGAAAGAUGGCUCCAUUCACAACUGACUUCAGAAAGGCACAGCAGAGGAUGCCCGCUAUACCUGUCAAUAUCCAACACGUGAAUUUCACCUGGCAAGCCACAAAACAGGCAGAGUACUUCUAUGAGUUCCAGGCUUUGCGCUCCUUGGAUCUGGACGUCAUGGACAACCCCACAGUGAACGUGCCUUUACUGGGCUCUGUACCUCACAAGCCUUCAGUGGUUCAGGUGGGUUUCCCAUGUCUGGGUGAGCAGGAUGGAGUAGCAGCCUUUGAGGUGACAAUCCUGGUGAUGGAUGCCGGUGGGAACAUCAUUCUGAGGACACCCCACAACGCCAUCUUCUUCAAGACCUGUCAGAGAGCUAAAUGUCCAGGUGGUUGUCGUAACGGUGGAUUCUGCAAUGCGAGACAAGUGUGCGAGUGUCAGGAUGGUUUCUAUGGCCCGCACUGUGAGAAAGCCCUGUGUCUGCCCAGGUGUUUGAACGGGGGUCUGUGCAUGAGUCCGGGUCUGUGUAUCUGUCCACCUGGUUACUAUGGAGACAGUUGUGACAAAGCUAACUGCAGCACCAUAUGUUUAAAUGGAGGGACCUGUUUCCACCCAGGGAAAUGUAUCUGCUCACCAGGCUUUGAGGGAGCACGCUGUGAGAACAGUAAAUGCCGUCAGCCCUGCAGGAAUGGGGGGAGAUGCUCUGGCAAAAACAAAUGCAAAUGUGCCAAGGGUUUUCAUGGUGACCUCUGUUCAAAGGCUGUCUGUGAGCCAAGCUGCGGAGCCCAAGGAACCUGUGUGGAACCUAACAAGUGCCAGUGCAAGGAAGGCUGGCACGGACGACACUGCUAUAAGAGGUACAGAGGGGAAGCCCCUAACACACCUCGCCUUUCAUCUGCCCCGAAACAAAAGCCUCCGCAGCACACGUCCUCUGUGAAGGAGGUGAAGGAGGUGAAGGAGGUGCCUGAGGCCAACCGGCUGGCCGACAGCAACUACGUGGUGUGAAGUCCUGGACUACCUCGCCUGGGUUCAACGGACCACUCAAAACCCUCUCGGAUACUUUGACCGUUGGCUGUGGCCUUGCCGUUGUGGCCGGGCUAGCUCAAUCAAACAUCGCCAAAGUAUCUGAAAUUACUUUGAGUAGCGCCCAGACGACCAGGCCCGGCUGAUGACCUUCGUCACCUUCAUCACCUCCAUUCAGCAUGGUCCUUCAAUGGGCUGAUACACCAUCACUACCACACCGAGCUGUCAUAGCCACCCACCAUCACCCAGCACACACCCUAUAACCCACCUGUUUGUCCUAGACCAACCUAUACGGUCAGCUGCUCCUACACACACACACACACACACACAAGUACACCUCACCACAUCUCCUUUUAACAGCUCAUCUGAUCACUCUGUUGUGUGUGUUUUUGACACGUAUUUAUGUUGCCUACUCAUCCUUUAAAGGAAAUGACCUCCUCUCUGACGACAUGUCCCGUCUGUGUUGAGGCGGCCGAUGGAGUUUGGGGGUGUUCUCUAAAUUCCAGUGCCUCUGUUCACCUGGCUACUCACGGCCCUGUCAGCUUAAAUCUGAGAGGAAGGAGUGAUGCACCACAUUGUGAGUGUCCUGUGGUGGGGGGCCAUCAUCGUGCCGGUGUGUUUUCUCCAUAGAGGAGGCUCGGAUUUGUCUCACAGGGUUUUGUACAAAACACACCCGGAUUUAUUAUCAAGAUACACUCCUGAAGUGGUUUCACACAAGAGGGCAAUAACUAUUAUUUUGAGCAAGUGAAUAUGUUCUCCUGCUGUCAUUAAUUAGAUAGUUCAACAGAGCUUAAUGUGUUCACACUUCUAAAGCCUCCAGUCCCUCUAAAGCGAUUAAAUUCAUUAUAAAGCAUCUCUUAUUUCUCUAAAGCAUCUCCAAUCCCUUUAAACCAACUCAAUUCAUUAUAAAGCAUCUCUUAUUUCUCUAAAGCAUCUCCAAUCCCUUUAAACCAACUCAAUUCAUUAUAAAGCAUUACCAGUUCUUCUAAAGCAUCUCUGUUUAUUCUAAAUCAUCUCCAGUUCUUCUUGACUUGGAAAAAUUCUGAAAGAAGCCAAAGAAAGUAGGCCUAAUAACACCAAACACCCUCUAAUAUAUAAUAUAUACUGUAACUAUCAUGGCUGAUCAGUUGUAGAUGAUAGGUGUAUUUCAUUAGUUCGUACAGUACAUUAUGUAAAUAUGUCAUCUUCUACCUUACCCCAAACCUUCUGACACACACACACACAGAGAGUUAUAACAACCCUAUUCCCUAUGUAGUACACUACUUUUAACCAGGACUCUAUGGAGAGAUGACGCCCUAUUCCCUAUCUAGUACACUACUUUUGACCAGGGCCAUAGUGCAGUAUAUGUCUUCAGGUGACACCGGAGCCUCAUUCUAACCCUGACUUAAAACUCUGUGCAUAUUGUUUUCAAGUCAUUAAAUGUAACAUUUUCAGAUGAAUGUUAUGUAUCUUCGAAGCGUAGUCUGUUUACUUUUACAACUGGAAUUAAAUACACUUUGUGCUGUAAACCACUUUUUUUGUCUUAUAUUUAUCUAGUUUUGUUUUUUUAGAUAGCACGAUAAUAGUUGUAGUCAACAGGUACAUCUUUUUAUCUUUUUUUCUAUUUAGUGUUUUGAUAUUUUGUUUGUGACACGAUAACGCAGAACAACUCUAAUAUAUCGUACGAACUUUAAAGUAAUCCA